UUCUACUCCUCAAAGAUUCAGUCUCCCAAACAAGAAUCCCUCGUAAAUUUCUUGAAAUUGUAAGGAUAGUUUAGUCAAAAUCCAUUAAAUAAUUUAAAUUCGUCAAAGUUUUCUAAAAACCUAAAAAGAAGCUCCUUCCCACAAAGGUGAAGGUGACAUGAGAUACCAUAAUAAUAAACAAAGAAAAAACCCAUAAAAGAAAAAGGAAAAUAAAAAAAGUACGUAAAGUAAAAUUUGAGUUUAGGGGCUUUCAUUUUGAGCAAGAUUGUACUCGUAUUUGUUUUCUUUCAUUUCAAUUUCCUCUCGAAAGUUCUAUUUUAGGGAUUUUACUACCCAGAAAAAUUAAAGGAGAAAUUGAAAUUCGGAGUCAUGAGUACUGGGGAUCUUCUUCAUAUUGAACCCACCGAGCUCAAAUUUCCUUUUGAAUUGAGGAAGCAGAGCUCUUGUUCUAUGCGUUUGACAAACAAGACAAGCCAAUAUGUUGCAUUUAAGGUUAAAACAACUAAUCCCAAGAAGUAUUGUGUGCGUCCCAAUACUGGGGUUGUGUUACCUGGAGCAACAUGUGAUGUUACAGUUACGAUGCAAUCCCAGAAAGAAACUCCACUUGAUAUGCAAUGCAGGGACAAAUUCCAGGUUCAGAGUGCUAUGGCGCCUGAUGGCAUUACAGCAAAAGACAUAACGUCUGAGAUGUUUAACAAGGAUGAUGGGAAGGUUGUGGAGGAAUUCAAGUUGAGGGUUAUAUACAUUCCUGCUAAUCCUCCUUCACCAGUCCCUGAAGAAUCAGAGGAAGGAUCUCCACCUCGUGAAGAUGAAAAUGAACAGGCUGCAUUGGCGGCAGCUGUAACAAGGUCUCUUGAAGGAUCUAAAGAGAAAGAUUCCGAGGCACGGUCUAUGAUAUCAAAGUUGACUAAUGAGAAAGCUUCCGCCAUUCAACAGAAUCAGAAACUUCAUCAGGAAUUGGAUAUGAUGAAAAGAGAAAUCGGUAGAAGGCGUUCUGGUGGUGUGUCGGUAUAUGUGGUGGUGUUGAUCGGUAUUCUGAGCAUACUCCUUGGGUACUGGAUGAAGAGAACAUAGGUUUGACAAUAUAUGUGAAUUUGGUUCUCUGGAGGCCGGCCCAAAUGUGCAGAUCAUCUAUCUACUUGGAUGCAUCAACGUCAAAACUGUAAAAAAUUUGUAGUGUAUGUCUUGGAUAAUCUAUUUCAUUUGACACACUGGCAGUUAGAUCUGGUUUUGUGCAUCUGUUUUUAUCAGCAAUGUACAUGUUUUGAGGGUUGGGAGGGAGGGGUGAAUCUUACUAUACUGUCUUAGGUCUUUUUUUAGUGCAGCACUCUGUUUAGCCGGAGUUAGUCUAUAGUAUAGUCCCAUGCUUUGGUGUGCUUUGUCCGAUUCUCCAUCCCUGGGUUCCAUUUCAGGAGAGAGAGAGAGGACGACAGAGCGAAGAAACUCCACGGAGAAUUGCCAAUACUGUCCUCCCUUUCGCAACCCGGUCCAUCUUCAUUAUUCCCUGAACUGACUCUUGGAUGAAUUUUUGUAGUAUUUGUUUCACUUGUCUGAAUGAAUAAUGGUGAAUUGCUUACAAUCUAGCACUAUGAGAAUCUCAUUAUUGUGUUA